AUGUCGUUUUCCUCUUGCUGGACCCAAACGCCGACGUUUCUGUCGUCAUCAUCGUCUCCGUUGAUGAACAACGACGGCAAACCAAGUUACAGCUUCCUCGCACACACACGGGUACUUGUCGAGUCGAGAUCAUCAUUUCCUCCGCCCGAGGCGAUCAACUGUGCGAUCGACGCCACCAUCCAGCUUCUCCACCUUCGCUAUUGCGCACCGUCGUCGUCUGGUCAGCUGGAAACAGAUAAUGACACCGCACCAGUCAUCUCAACCGUCGUGGUCAAUUCCAGGAAAUGCUCGAAGGAGCACCAUCGCCCCACCUCUAUUGCAUCUAUAUUCUGUCCGACGACAAUCUCCCUGCACAGAUUAGAUAUUUGUCUCUUCCCGCUAUCUGCCACUACCUGUGCGCAUGUGUCUAUAUAUCUGUGGACUAGUUCUUGUGCCGUUCGCGAGUCGCCUCUCUAUCACAUGGGAAUCCGGUCAACAGCACAACAGGUCCCCUCGCGGGCUAAUGGCACGGAUAAAAUUAGAAUGUGUGACCGUGUAAAAGCAUACAGCGAACGAAGGGCUCCAUUUGGUGAGGAGGAUAAGAUCAGCCCGUACCUGUACUCACCACCGCGCGACGGCACCUCGCACAUCAAGCAAGGCGGGCAGCUUUUCAGAGGCUUCUGCCGAGCUGCCGGCGGUAAGAUUAUCGAAAAAGCGCACGCUGAAACCUCGUCGCUGUCGCGGACCACCCGAGAUUAUUAUUCAAUCCUGCAUUAUUUUCUCGCUCGAGCGGACGACCGGCGCAAAACAACUAGCACAAAUUUGCUUCUCUUCAAUCCAGUUCGCUACCGAAUCACUGACCUAAUGACUAUGGCGGAUGGUAGCUAUGACCCAAUGGGAUACAUCCAGACGGGUCGGCAGCAUCCUCAUUCGCAUCAUCCAGUCCAUCAUCACCACCACCACCAUCAUCAUCAGGACAGCAGCACAGAUAGAGGAGCUGGUGGCGGCGGUGGCGGUGGUGGGGUUGGCAACCCCAACUGGAGGUUGGCCCAGUAUCAGCAACUUCAGCAGCGCAUCCAGCAGCAACAGCAGCUGCAAAAUCAACACCAGCAACAGCAGCAGUCGCAACCCCAACAACCGUCGCCUUCCAAUUUAGAAAACAAUAACAAUCUUCCAUCAGCUGCCAACCAUAAUCUAUUCCGUUCGGAGCAGAAGAAACACAAGCGGAAGCGACUGUCCGCGGUUUUGGACAAGCUACAUCACAACGGAUCUGCUGUAAACCACAAUAACAAUAACGUAGGAGAGGGUAGUUACAAGAUCAAACGAUCGGAGUCACGGUCCAGUACAGAAGACUCAGCUGAAGAUGUGUUUCCAUACGCUGCCAGCCCCCGGAUCAGCGUCAGUCCGCUGCGUCUAAACGAAUCCGACGAGAACAACAUGAAUCAAAUACAGAUCAAACAGGAACCUCAACAGUGUCUGUACAAACAGUUGCAGUACCUAAACCCGCUAGCACUGUUCAACUACUUUCCACAGCAAACGAAACUUCUGUAUCAGGAGAUAGCCCGGCAACGAAGCCACUCGGAUUCCGACCUGCAGCAAAUCCCUCAAAAAAAAACAGAAGCUGUGCCGGCCGCUCCUCCGGAGCCGCAAGAGCCCCAAGAAUAUCCGUUGGAUUUGUCUAUGAAGACAAAACUACUGCACUCUUCUCCUAGUCUAGAGUCUGUGAUCAAGCAGGAACCGACGUUAACGUUCACUCCGCCGCCCCAACCGUUGCCAUCGAUUGUAAAGGGUGACGUGGCAUCUAACAACACCAAAAAAUCUGCAGCUGCCUGCUACAAUUUAAACGUAUCACCCGUGGUGGAAGAAAUGCCUCCUGGAUCUGACGUUGCAUACAUGUGUCCUGUCUGCGGUCAACUGUUCUCACUACAAGAUCGUUUAGCUAAACAUAUGGCAUCUCGUCACAAAAGCCGUUCGAGCUCAACGGACAUCACCAAAUCCUACAUCUGUGAAGUUUGCCAACGAUCGUUCGCUCGGUCCGAUAUGCUUACGCGUCACAUGCGGCUGCAUACCGGCGUUAAACCGUAUUCUUGCAAGGUCUGUGGACAAAUUUUCUCUCGUUCCGACCACCUGUCAACCCAUCAGCGAACGCAUACUGGCGAAAAACCUUACAAGUGUCCGCAGUGUCCAUACGCAGCUUGUCGGAGAGAUAUGAUCACCCGUCACAUGCGAACCCACACGCGCUACGACUCACAACGCAGUGGAAGUGCUGGAGGAUCACCCGUCGAGAGUCCUUCCGCAAUGGACCAGAAAGCACUAUUGCUGCCUCUGGUUAACUUCAACUCGAGCCACGGUAGUGCUCGGGCUCUCAAAAAGGAGUCCGCCUUUGCAACCAGCCCAGGCAGCUACGUUAUCGAAACAAAGACUGAAUCCUAAAAACACUCUCACUCCGAGGAGUCCUCCCCUUGUAGAACUCGCACUCCCCGAAGUUUUUCCCCUGUAGAACAGUAGUCCGUACAGAGAGUAGUUUUCAGCUUUAGUCACUCCCACUUUGCAUUCCUGAGUUUCCUUGCGUUUGUUUCCUUCUCGUAGCUCCCGUAGGUUUCUUUGUUUGCCAAUUUUCUAAUGUGUUAGUAGGUUUAGAAAUCACCCGUUUGUUGUUGAAACCGUACUCUAAGAAAUUUGAACUAUUCCCGAACUCAUUCCCGUUCAUCGUAGUUUCGUAGGAUUAGAUCUCUCUUCCUUCCCGUGUUUCGAAAACGUUAAACAUACAGAGUAGAGCAGAAAAAAAAGUGGAGAACAAAAUGAAAACUAAAAGGUUGUGAAUUUAAGAAUCUAGAAUAGCAUUUUUUUCAAUUAGAGAUAGUCGAAAUGGCCACAAACGAAAUAACUAAGCUUAGACUUUGUUUUCUACCGUUUUGUUGUUUAUUAUUCAAAAAUACUCUGUGUCCAAUAGUACGUACUAGUCUAGUGAUUUCCAUGAAGUGAUUUCCCCCCGUCAUGAAACGAAACUUUCCACUCGCCUACUGCACACAUUCCCCCCGCAGCUAAUUCCCGCUCUGAUGAUAGAACAUGUGAACGUAGUAGUUUCCCUGCAACACAAGUAGUACCAAUGACAUCUGUCGGUAAAGCACUAAACAGAAACAAAUACACACAUACAGAAGAAUUACAAACAACUCGAAGUACGCCUUGACCAGUGUGCCUUAUUGUGAGUAUGAACAACUUCACAAACAAAAACCUAGAUGAACUAGAGAAAAACCACACAUUUUAACUGUAGAAAUGAAUCGAACAACACACACAAACACACGCGCGCGUGAGCAUACACGUUGCUACAAAAGCACUAUAAUCCUUUUCACCGGAUCCUUCCCACACGGUUAAACACUGAUCCACACACAACGGAAACACUUCAUUUCUGCCUUUCUUCCUUACUUACUUCCCCGAAAGAACCAACGACAAUCCGACAUUGCCCUGGCUCUAAUGCUUCCGCAUGGAUUCAUAAUUACUUCGUCGUAUUACUACAACAAUGAAGUACACCAUACUACUCCUUUACACCGCCUAAUAGUGGAAUCCGACGCUGCCGGCAGAAAUUCUCCUCGUGGCGGCGAGGAUAAGGCGGUUAGUCUUUUCAGAGCAUUUUGCACAUUUUACAUCUUUUCACCCUAUCAUACACCCCCCGCAUACUUCCUCCCUGGCUGUGCGCACUAAGCACACACCCCCAAGCCGAAGACAAAUCCGGUACGUCUGUAACAACUGCCACAAAAGAGGAUUUUUAUGGUAAUUACAUCAUGCAAAAGGCAGAGGGAAGCAAAGCAAAGAGUAGAAAAACUGCUGCAUGAUCUUAAUUUAAAUUUUCAAUCAUGCAAAUUGAAUAUUAAAGCCAGCCAACAGACUUGUUGCCUCGGUUGGCUCCACUACUCUGCUGUAACGAGCAAGCUUCACUUUCUUUCUCAUUGUUUUAUAUUUCUUCCGGAUUCCUGUCCCCACCCACGGCUCCGUUAGAAAGAAAAAAAGUUUACAGCAAUUGCGGGUCGAGUCAAACUCUUCCCUUAUUUUGGCCGCUAAACACCCCCAAGUGAACAGAGGGCUGGUGGGUAGGAGCCAGGAAUUGAAUUUAAUCAUUAUGACGCUCGUUUGGCAAAUUAUCAAGCAGUGGAUGUCCUUCGGAUGUAGUCACGCAACAAUGGUGGCCGAUUCCGAUGGGGGUGGUUCUAGAGUCGGUCACGAAAGCUUCCUUGUCGGCACCGAAACGGGUCACAUGCUAGGGUGCGUGCAAUCACUACCGUUUUCCACUCACGCUCCAUGGGAAAGCUUUUCACAAUGGUUAUUUUUUUAACUAUACCAUAGAAUUCUCUCUUCAUCGCCGGGUAAAAGUAUGGCCUGGGUAGCGAAGGACCACAGAAGAGAGCAGCAGUAGCCGCAAUCUGCAUUGCACCCGUGGUUGCAGUAUAAAUUUGAGUGUGUGUUUUAAAAUAAUAUAGUUUACAGCGCCACCCCCUUGGGGUUUGCCACCAGACCGAGUUUCGCCUGGCAACAUCCUGUCCCAGCUGGGUACAGGCUAUGCGGGCGGAGGCCCAACACGGAGGGAGCUUUUGCCAGUAAAUUAUGAGCCCUACAGGCCAGCACUAUCCUCUGUAAAAAGUGACCCAAAAUGGAAGGUAAAGUGCAUGAAGCUAGGCUUUCCUACCAUCGGUCUCACAUAAAAAAAUCCGGUGGCAAACUAGGGAUCAAAAUUUAUAAAAGCAUUACUGGCGCUGCUUACAAACUGUAUCCUUCUGCAACCGGGUCUGAAGCCUAGGUUCCAUGCCGUUGGCAGUUUGGGGUUGGGUAAAAGUUUUUUUUUUACUCCUGUCUCCUAGCUGGUGGAGCCCGAGAGGCGGUCGUAAUUACUUUUGGCCCCUAACUGGAUGCAAUGAUGACUGGUCGGUUAGUCGGUGUGAUGUACGGGACUUUUCGGUGAAUAUAGGAUUUUCAGGAGACCAACCGCCUAGCUGGAGUCUGCUUUAUAUACUGCGUAAAACGAAUAGCUGGCGUCUGCCAAAUUUCGAAACACCCGGGUAGACAAUGUGGCGGGUGACUCGAGGUUGGCCUUUUUCGGGGGAGCUUGCAGGAGACCUGCAUAGACAGCUUUUGCCCUGUGGCCAGAGACCGGCAGUGAAUGCAAUGGAUUUGGGAACUAAAUCAUACGGUACUGUGGCAGAUGAUUCAGUUUUUGUUCUCUUAUUAUCAAAAAAGUAUCUUAUUUUCUUAUUACACUGAAUGUGUGUGUAAUAAUAACGAAGUUUUGAUUUUUCUAGUCAUAGAUCAAGAUAAAACUUACAGAAUAUACGAUAUUUCUUCUGUCAAACGGAUACGGUUAUACACACACCAUAUAAAAUAUUUUGUCAUAAAGCAAAAAGGACUAGUGUCAUCUCAUCCGUUUAAAUACGCUUAAACUUCUAAAUCAUACUGACGGUUGGCCUUUCGCGCCUUGCCUUUGUUUUGGUCCAGAACUGUCUCUUGAACACCAGCAUUCAGUCUCCGAAUUGCCUCUCCCUCAUCAUCGCGCCACCACCACCACCUCCGAAGAAAAUGUACUAAAUCACAUCACAUCGUAAAACUUUUAUAAGAAAGCGUUAAAUCAUCUAAUGCAUCUACGCCGGUUGCAACGACACUAGCUGGCAAUGGUUCAAAAACGCUUUUUGUUCUCAAGCGUUUAGCUGGAAAGCCCUCCCUGUACCUCCUUCUGCCUCUAAGCUCUCUCUCCUAUUUCAAGCUUGUUUGCACACAAAAAUUCAUAAGAAAUUUUAAAGUAUCUACAAACAACCCGGCCACCACCCCGUUUUGCAGCAAAACCGGUUUCAAAAAAUACUCAGAAAAAAAAGAAAAGAAAGGCGGAGUCUCCGUAGUACGUAAUGCUUCGGUUGUUCGACUAGCAGUUGUUUUGUUUUCGAAAGCAGUAUGCCGAAAAAAGCCAGUAAUCUAUCGCUAUGUAUUACUGAAACUACAAAACUUACAAACGUUACAAGAACAAAAAAAACUCACGAAAAACAAUCGUGGAUGAGCAACAACAACAAUUCUAAUUACUAAUGUGCCAAAUUUACAGUUAGAAAAGAAGAUGAAUUUAUAUGAGAACCAAAACGUUGUAAAUGGAUUUUAAACAUCUACAGAAGAAAGAAAGUGCUGCAAGCUACUAAGCUGCUUUCCAACUUCUGUCAUAGUUCACGUGCUAUUACCUUAUUUUUGCCCAAACUACCUUAGCCGUUUGCCAACACGAUCAAUAAGAACAAAUUUUAACUGUAUUAGGAACUAGCAAAGUAAUGAAAACGCAUAAACAUAAAGAAAAGAUCUCAUACAUUAGAACAACACAGACACGGUAAAACUACGUUUUACGUUCUGCAGCUUUUAAUAUUACGACACAGUUCUAGAAAGCAAAGCUGAGCAUCGUGACAGGCGAAUCUGUCGGAAAGAUUCUGAGGGCAUUUACUAUAUUUAGUUUUGAGCUACAUACUACUAAAUUAGACCGCUAAGUUUUAAGUUAGUGUUUCUUUUAAAUGAUUCAAGCAACGGAAAUCACAGCGAGUGUGUUCCAAUUUCAUCGUUUUGAAUUAUGCUAGAAUGUUUCAGAGAAAACUGUAUUUCUGUUAAAUGUGUAAAUAUCUCUCCGUUGAAUACCCGCUGGUAUUCGGAACAAACUGAUAAAAUUCUCGAAGAUUAUGUCAAGUACCUUAAACGAAAGUUUAUUUUAAGUCCAUUUCUGAAAAGACAUUGUGUCAAUUGUGAAGCUUUGACGAAAAUCCCUCUAUUUAAAAAAAGAAAAAAAAACAUUUUAAAAAUGUGUUCCAUAAGGACGCCGUAAACAAAAUGAUUUCACUUAAAUUGAAAACAAGCAAAAAAUACCUACUAUUUGUUGAGGCUCGUUAAGUUUGUCGUCCUUGCUUAUCCUUUGUGUUAGUUCCGUAACUAUAACUUGUUUAGUUAUUUGCUUUUCGAUGAAUGGUUCAAAACGCAAAAUAUUACAUCAACGAUUAUUUAUUGAAACGAAAACAAAAAGUCCUUGAUUUUUGCUCAUCUAUUUUUAAUUCGGUAAGUUUUAACUGAAAGCAACUACGUUUGUACUAAUAAUUGAACAUUAUCGAAAAAGUUCAAGUAAAAUACCUUUCAAUUGCAAAAGCAAAAUGUAUAAGAAAAGAAAAAAAAACACUUGUUGUAAAACAAUCGAAUAAGACGUACACUUUUUAAUUUAUGACACUAGGAAACAUUUUUUGUAAUUGAAUUAUUCCUUAAGUUUACUACUACUUAUUUAUUGUUAAGUUAAUUUUUGUAAAUUUUUUUAAAGAGAAUGAAUGAAAAUUUUAAGAUGGUUUCGUUUUGUUACAGUACAAAAUUUUUAAACACUUUGAUUUCGAUGAAUAAAACAACUUUUAAGUGAAAAAAAUCCUCUUUUGUUUGUUACUACUUUGUUUACUAAGUUGGCUUUAUCGAUUCGAAAUUAUUAAUUGGUUAUAUUGCCUCCUCUGUUCGCAUAACAUCUACUGAUGACAGUCCUUUUUUUAAUAUACCGUUACACCUUUUCAACAGCUAAAACCGAUAACUUGCUUCAAACCGAUAACCGGUCUUCAAAAAAUUGAAAUUUUUCAUUAAGUGCCUUAUUGUAAAGUAGACAAAAAUAGUAUGAAAGAAAGAAUAGAAGGUCGAAUAACGGAUCACCAAAGGUCGCAGCUUGUUUCGAACUUCCGUGGCAGAACGCAUUUCGCGUGCAUUGUUACGAGAGAAAACAAAAACGAGCAAAACAAAUACCAAUUUACCAUUACUAUUGCAAAGCUAAUCUACCAACCUUUUCAAGUUCGUAUAAUUCAGCCGCUUAAAAAGCUUUGAAGGCCGUUUAAAACUAGCGAUUGAUGGAGAGUUAUAAUAAAAACUUUCGGAAUAUACAAAAUAACAUCUAAAACACAAGCCACAUCUAUACUGAACAUCGAUUAUUACGGUAUCUAAUUCUAACUUUUCAAGCCUUUUCACUUUCUCUCUUAUAAUAGUUAAAUUGCAUUAAACAAAGCGUUAGUCCAAUUUUAUGAAAACAAAUUUUUCUUCAAAGUUUACAAAACUAGGCAAACUUCAUAAUAAAGCAAUAACAUAGACAAGUAAUGGAAACGAUCGUGAAAUGGUCCCUGAAAUAACGAUAUGCCGAAAUACGAACUAUAAGAUUAGCAACUGAUGCAAACAUACAUACAUCUUAUGGUUAGGGCCUAGGUUAUACAUUUCGAACGGCAAUAUUUUUCUCCAAAAUACUCUUAUACAAUCAAUAACUAACGAAAGAAGAAGGUAGGUCCACUCAAUUGAAUGCCCCUUCAAACGUACAGCAACGCAUUAAACAAUAGUAACGGCAGCAACGGCAAUCUUUGAAAAUAAAAAUUCUAUGAAUUAUGUUGACGUAAACAAAACUAAACAAUUUAGCAAAAAUAACAUUAAUAAAUAUUUAUGAAUCUACAA